GACAGGAGUCUAAUCGUGGGCCCCUUGAUCUUGACCUUGCCAGCUCCCUUGUCUGUGUCUGGUCUGUCGCUGUUCAUGGCCGAGGCCGAGUAUAUGACAUAUAUUCGGAAGUUCUCCGGACGGGAGACCGGCCGGAUCGGUCCGAAGGUGACCGAGACUGCUGAGGCCGAUCGCAUGACAUUUGCCGAGGCGAUCUUUGAUGGUCCUUCAUCUUGGUUUUGCCAAGUGGGCCUUGGUGUAGUUGGGCUGGGCCAUUUUCCUGUUGGGCUGGAUACCCCCAUUCCCGGCUUUGCCAUCGAUUCUGCUCAAAAUCUCCGCUUAAUCGCCGCCGCCGUCGCAGCACCGCCUGAAGUGACCUGCCCCGACGCCGAGGUCGGGGUGCAUGUGGCGUCCAUGCGCUACGGCCUUCGCUUCCCUCCUCACGAUCUGAUAGCCCAAUUUCUGAACUUCUACAAUCUUCUGCCGGGUCAGCUCAGUCCCCACUCCUAUUACUGUUUCUCAAUCUUCCUGAUUAAGUGCCACCAGAGGGGAGUCCCCUGGUCUUUGGAUUUGUUCCGUUAUAUGUUCAAAAUUUCCAAAGUGGGGGCCCUUGAAGGAAAUUCGUAUGCCGUCGUCUCUUCCCAGGCCGAGUGUGGCAUGGCCGUCUUUCCCUCAUCCUUGAAACUCUGGAAGGCCAAGUUCGUCUUUAUUUCUGGCUUUCCCGGGGACCGGCAUCCCUUCCACGCCAGGUUUCCCGAAUGUCAUACAUUCAUUCGCCAUCCUCGGCCUGCGGCCACUCCCGAGCUUCAAGCACACGCGCAAAAACUAUUGGAAGACUGUCGGCCUAAACCGCCUCACGUGUACACGGUGUGUACGGAGCAGAACUUAGCGGAGGUGGGGAUCCUUAUCUCCCUUGAGCGCCAAUUCGAGUUGUCCGAGGCCGUGCUUGGGAGUCGCCCUAAGCAUGGGCUUGAGGAGAGUGCCUCGAGGUCGGAAGAUAUAGAGUCGGGGGACAACGAAAGGGAAGAUGGCGGGGUGGCCGGAAACGAUGAAGAAUCAUGGCAGCCAUCCUGCUCCGAGGGGGUUGCUGGUACGAAGCCUUCUGGAGAUUUGUCCCUCCUAUCAAGGUUUUUCAUGUUGGAUGCCGAGUCUUUUAACUAUUGUUUUGUUUUGGCAGGGGAUAUGAAUCCGGUGGAAGUCAUUCGCAAUGCCAAACUGUUGGCUCGAAACCGAGGCCGAGGAGCAGAGGUUCAACAAGGAUCUCGACCCGUGGGCGCAACUGGUUCUGUUGCCUCGGCCCGGACUCAGGAAGAGGCUCCGGCCCGGAAUCAAAGAAAGAGGAAGCUCAUCCAGGUUGAGGACGAGGAAACCGCGUCCGAGCAGGAUGUGGUUCUGACCGAGAGUCCAACGGGCAAGCACCCAGGUUGUCUUCGAGGUGGAAAGAGUCCCACUUCCCUUGACAAGGCCGACGGGAAUGUGCAGGCUGAGGCCGAGGCUGCUUCCCUUUCCGCGACUCUCAAAGAUGAGGACGAGAUUCUUUCGUCCUUGCAGGGGCUUAUGGACAGUUUCCACAAACAGGUGUCGGCGAAACUGAGCCUGAUCACCGAACGUCGAGCCGGGGCCGAGUUCUCUUCUUCCGUGAACUUCCUGGCUUCGGUGGAAACGGAGUUGUCCCGCCUACGGAAGUUGGCGGAAACCGAGCGCGAACGAGCCGCCGUGCUUGAAAUGCAAACCGUGGCGAAGUCUGAGGAGGUGGUCCGGGUGCAGGGCCUCCUGAAAGAGUCGGAGGAAUCAGCCUCCCAAUUGACGGCUUCAAUGGCCGAGCUCGAGGGGCGACUGCGCCUGUCCGAGGGCCGAAUCUCCGAGCUGGGUGUUGAAUUGGCCGAAGCUGUCUCCGCGCAGCGGUCAACGGAAGUGGAGCGGGAUCAGCUUCUUGCCGAGAGGGAGCAAGUCGUUGCUGCCGAGAAGGAGCGCGCCGUCUCUGAUUUCCUUCAGUCCCCGUCCUUCAAAGAAACCUGCCUGGAAAGGAUGGCCGCCUUCUAUGAAAAUUGGCUCAAAACCGAGGCCGACACUGAGAAGAUGGCGGUGGAGGGGACGAAGUGGUUCGAGAGUGGAGUCCAUCAUGGGAUCAAUCUCGUCUUUCGCCGGACCAGGAGAGUAGAUUCGUCCUUCCCUCCGCCUGGGGUCGACAUUCCCGAGAUGCAUGAUCCCAACUUGAACGACGAGCUCGGGGAGAAUCCGGAUUACCUUGGGACGCCCGAGCACGAGGAUACGGGUGCAGAUAAGGAUGUCGGCGAAGAACCACCCUCAGAUGUUCGCCCUUAAUGUUUUCCUUGCAAUAUUUGAAAUCUUAUCCCUUGUUGUAAUGAAGAUUUGAUUACUGU